CCCGAUUAGGGAAUGGGGUCACCGAUCCCCCUCCCCGCUAGUGCCCCGUACACCCUUAUAAUCCAACAGUAAAACAUAAAUCAUUAUAUAUAAGUGCAAAACAUUGAGUCUUUCUAAACAUUCAAAAAAAUGAAAAAUAUUCAUAUCCUAGCAGUACCUUAUCCAGCACAAGGCCAUGUGAUGCCUCUUAUGGAGGCAACACGGUGUUUCACCAGCAACGGUCUCAAGGUCACGUUUGUGAACACAGAGUUCAUUCAAAAAAGGCUUAUGAGUGCCUGUUUAGAGAUAGAUUGUCCGAGUGAUUUGAUGCAGUUAGCUUCGAUCCCUGAUGGGAUGGAACCUUGUGGUGACAGAAAUGAUCACGGGAAGUUGGCAAAAACAAUGUUCCAACUUAUGCCCACCAAACUAGAAGAGCUGAUAAAUGAUAUUAACAAAAACGAUGAUGAGAAAAUUACAUGCAUCAUUGCUGAUUGUUAUAUGGGAUGGGUACUAAGAGUUGCACGGAAGAUGAGUAUUAGACUAGCACUCUUUUGUCCCAGCUCGGCUGCAGUUUUGGCUGUGUCCAUGAGCCUUCAGAAGCUGAUGGAUGAUGAAGUUAUAAACCGCAGAUCAGGAGAAAUUCUGAAGGAUCAAAUGAUUCAGCUGUCAACCUCUAUGCCACUCAUGGACCCUGCGAAUUUUGUAUGGGCAUGUAUGGGCGACCCGGUCACGAACCAAAUUUUCUUUGAUUACCUGUUUCUUGAGGGUAAGGAUGCAGCAGAAGCAGCAGACCACAUAAUCUGCAAUUCAUCCAUGGAGCUGGAGCCUGGGGCAUUCACUCUAUUUCCAAAGAUGUUGCCAAUAGGUCCCUUUUGGAAAGAAGACUCUACUUGCUUAACAUGGCUCGAUCAACAGCCGGUCCGCUCGGUCAUUUAUGUUGCAUUUGGGAGCAUCACAAUUUUUGACCAGCUGCAAUUUGAAGAGCUGGCGUUAGGCCUCGAGGAUACCAAAAUGCCAUUCUUGUGGGUUGUUCGACCUGGCCCAAGUGGUAAUAUGGACUAUGUCUAUCCGAGCAGCUACAUGGACAGAGUAGGCAGUCGUGGGAAAAUAGUCAGCUGGGCACCUCAGCAGGAGGUCCUAAACCAUCCGUCAGUGGCUUGCUUCAUGAGUCAUUGUGGUUGGAACUCUACAAUGGAGGGCGUUAGCAAUGGCGUACCUUUUGUGUGCUGGCCAUACUUUGCUGAUCAAUUUUUUAACGAAACAUACAUAUGUGGUAUCUGGAAAACUGGUGUGGGUUUGAACAAAGAUGAAACAGGUAUUGUUACACGAGGAGAAAUCAAGAGUAAAGUGGAGCAACUGGUCAACAACAACAUACACAAAGCAAAUGCCUUGAAUUUGAAAGAAAAAUUAACGGACUGCUUGCGAGAAGGAAACUCCUCAAACAAAAACCUCAACAAGUUCAUUGAUUGGCUAAAGGAAGGAUGAACAUGUUUGAAUCAAUAAAACCGGCAAAUGAUCAUGCACAAAUGUUAAGAUUCCAUUGUACGUUUGCAAAAUUGCAUGUAUGCUUUUAGUUUGUGUUUACUUUGUUUGGUGAGUGGGGACUCCAUGUACGUUUGCAAAAGCAUUUUGACUUUUAAAAUAAAAAUAUGUGUUCCGUAUUCUACAAA